GUGCGUUUGAUAUGCUAACUGAAAAUGACAACAUCUUUUGCGAAGCGGAGUGAAAAUAAAAACAUUCUCAAUUCGUGGCAUAUUUUUUCACCCAGAAUUUAUUCAUUUUUGGGCAAGUAAAAUUAUCGCAACUAUGACCAAUCGAGAGUGAACGGUGCAGCACAACCGGAAUCGUUUAAUGUUUCUCUGUCGGAGGUUUAACGAGGUCGACAAAAUGCUGGGACGAUUAUCGGAAGUUUUGCAGAAUGCUGCUGAUGUGCUUGCGCCGCCACCGACUGCUCUCCAGGACUUUGAUUACCACUACAAACAGGUGAAGAAUUUCUACGUUGCUGACAAGAACUUGCCAAAGAUUCACGUAAAUGACACCAACAUUCCCGUUCACUUGGAGCAAAUGCUUCAGAUACUGAUCCGUGAGGAGCAGCAACAGCUCGAAGCGACGGUAACACAUAAUAAGACUAAUGACCAGCCUGCAACGGAAGAUGAACAAGCCUCAAGCGGUGCAGCUACCGAUUCGACAGUAAACCACAAAUCCGAGUGCAUGGAAUUUGUGCUGAAUAACCGUCCACUAGAUGUACUGGUUGAACUUGCUGCAAAUGAUACUCCUCCUGGGGCACGGUUAGUCAUAUUGAACUGGAUCCGAAGAUUGUUGUCCUGCAUGAAAAACCCUCCACUGGCUCAUGCUAGUCUCUUUCAACCGGUACAGAAACUGGUUGAAUUGUGUAGCGGAACUGUGGCCUCGCCGUACGAACGGGAGGAGAUUCUGUUUCUAGAAACUGUGGCCGGACUAGUUCGAAAAGAGUAUAUUUUAGUCAAUUUAUUCCUUAAAUCUCAUCAUCAUUCCGCACAAAUGUUGAGUAAUUGGAAAGGCAUUUCGGCUACUAAGCUACCAGUGAAUAAUCCACUAUUCCAGAGCACAAAAUUUGAGUACGACUCAAGACGGGUUUCGUUGAUUAGGGAGGAGCAAACGAGUGAAUCGGGUAGUAGCAAUGAUGAGGGCAAUUCCGCUGCGGUCAUGGUGGUACCAAAUGAAGACAUUUCGGAACUUAAAUGCGACUGUGAUGAAGAAGAACAUUUUGUUCUAUUUGAUGCCAUCGUUAGCUAUUUGGACAGCGCAGAUAGUACAAUAAUCGUUCGUGCGUGUGAAGGAAUCGUCAUUCUUGCAUCGCUUCCAACACUGAACAAAUCCUGUAAAGCUAUCCAAAAUAGUUUGAGCAGGUUUUGUGCAAUGAUGGCCGAUCGUGUCGCUGCACAUUGCCAACAGAUCCCCGAGGAUAUGGAUACUGGAGAUAUAGAGGAUGCUAAUGUAUCCUGGGGGCUGAUUCCGAGGGAUAGUGAACAACCGCAUUUUAUCGGCCGCUACCAGCUGACCUCGUUUCUCUGCUGGUUGGAUUACUGUGAUUGUUUGAUGCAGGAAAGUCCUGCGUUGGCGAAGGAGUUGGGUGAACUGAUUAGGAAUCAACUGUUGAUCAACUAUAUAGAACCGGGACUGAUGGGAAACUAUGCCCCAUUUAUGUUGGUUCUAUCGGCGAAGAUCAUCAAAAAGACGCAGUCGCGGGCACUGCUAGAUGAAAUUGCUAACUGGUUAAUUGGUGAGGGAGACAUAACAGAUAUUAACGGAGCUGACUGUUUAUUAACGAUACUGAUCGAGAACGCUCACGAAAAUUCUGAUCUUCUCCUGCAAACCUUGCAGUUCGUUGAAUCCUUGUUGGAUAACCCUCAUGAGAAAAUCCUGCACGGAAUGAUAUUUUUCUAUAUCAACAGUCGAGGAUAUGUUGAUAACAACACUCUUACCAUUCAGUCUUGGUCCGACGAAGAGGAUAAUCGCGAGCGCCGGAGAGGAAGCGCCGAAAAUCCCAUAAAGUCCCGCACGCUUGCUCCGCAUAAUAUACUAAAAGUGAUCAAUCACUUCCUCUUGCUUCUACCGCGUCACAUUAUGGACGAAGCAGCUGGCAUUUGCUACGAGGAGUACAUGCAGGACGCCAGUCGACACUACCAGACCUGGAUUAACAAGACUCGCGGUUUCAACUGGCCCGUGGAAGCCAUCUGGAGCGAAUCCCCGAACGAUUCGCCAGCAAAGGAUCUGCCAAUUCCAAGUUCAAAACCGAAAGCAAAAACUAAAACUGACUCCAGCGAUGUGCAGUGCGGUGAUAGCGGAAUCUCGGAGGAAAGUUUCUACGAAGGUCCACUGCUUAAGCUGCUAUUCUCUCACGUCAAGCAUAUGAGUACGCAAGCCUACGAGAUGAACCUUGCCGUGAUUGCAAUCCUGUCCAAGCUAGCCCUGUUCCCGCAUCCGUACUUACAUGAAAUCUUGCUGAGCCCGGAAAUCCCGGUGGCACCUGGUGCUACUACGCUGUGGUCUGUAAUGCAAUUUCUUGCCCGGCAAUUAUUAACGGAGAUUCCUCGGGUUGAGAAUUUCCACGAGAAGAUUGUCGAAACGGGGAAGCGACUGCUGUCGAAUCCACCCCUCUGCGUGCACGCUGCCUCACAGGACCAGGAGGAGGAAGAGGAUGAGAUCCAUGAUCCCCUGUUCGAGUCGAUUGUUGUGUUGGAAGAAUUUUGCAAGGAACUGGCGGCAAUUGCGUUCGUCAAGUAUCACCAUGCGACCGAGUGAAUGGCAGCGUUAGGCGGCGAGGCCGAUGUAAUUGUGCAUUAUAAAAGAACAAAAAUAGCGAAAUUUUAUUAAAUAUGAUUUUAUUUGCAUCUUUAAUCGUGUUAACCGCCUGUAGUAUUUCAUUAAGUUUCAGUGCAGUAAAAAUUUAGCGUUUAAGCUUUAGUAGAUUUAACUAUUGCUGAUUAAUUGCAUUCGCAUUUGAACAUAUGGUUCUUAGGAUGCAGGAAGGUGAUACAAAUACAAACAUAUUCUAGUCAAA